GACAUUUCUGGCGAAAUUAUUCGUGACUUCCGAGAUAAUUGGCAUUUCGGCCAGAAAUUGCACAACGAGUCAAGCUGUCGUUAAUUCCACAAACAACGAAAUUUACAAUUGUUUCAACCGCGAUCUCUUAUUAUAUAAAAUCUAGCCGUGCUAUUCCCUUUAUUUACAUAAAACAUAUAUAUUUGUACACGUAUUAAUUUACAUCUCACAAUCAAGAGUUUGCGUAUUUCAAUAUACAAAUAUUGCAAACACAUCGAAUUUGGGAAUUUUUGUUCCAUUUUCGGAUAAUGCACGUGUGCUCGUUCGAAAUAAUUCUUCUACGAAGACGAUUGUCAUCUAAUUUAAUGAUCUGCUGUAAUGUGGACAGAUGUCUAUAGAUGCGCCGUUCGUUGCAAAAAUAUCCGAUUCAAAAUAUUAAUAGCCAACGACGAGAACUCGGUUGAUUUGUCGUCAAAAGAGUGAGUGCGGGAAAAAAAAAAUUUACAAGCGAUAAAACUGAAUCCACCCACUUGUGCGCGGUUAUAAUAUCCCCGUGAUCAGCCGAAGGAGUGAAUAGCCGUUACAUACGCGCAUAAUGCGACGCCAAACAUCCAAGGCGUGGCGUUAUCGAACUCGAUUAGCUCAUCAUUGACGUAUUGAAGGCAGUUCGUAGUAGCGAAAGUGGAUCCACCCACUCAUAUGGUUCUUGUAAUACUGCGUAAUCUGUAUACACAGGCGUAAUUCGUUGGUACAAUUAUCUAUAUGCGUGAAUAUCAUGACCGACGCACACUUGAUUGGUUCGUAAAUAUACUGAGACUUUUACCAAAGGGAAUUUAAUCCCGGUAAAAGUGAAUAUUCUAUCUGUGACCUUACCUGUACAUCUAGAUCGUCUAUACACUUGUCGCAAUAUAAUGUAAAAAAAAAAAAAAAAAAAAACCUACACGUCUCACGCACAAACAUAAGAUCAAAUUGAUUGAAAUCGUUGAUAUUCGUAAUUGAACGUAAUAGAACUUGAUGUCAAGCGCGCGAUGCUUCAUUCAUUUUAUUUAUUUUUCGCAAAAAGAAAUAAAACAGCAAUUACGCGCACUUACAACCGCAGUGCGAGAAUAUUUCUAUUAAACGGUGCAAAAGAAUUCAAAUUGAGAUUACACCGUCAACGUGUAAUGACCAAAGGACAUGCAUAAUAUGUUAAACAGAGGGAACGGGAGUUGUUUUGAUCAAUAAGAUAGCGAUCGUGACCGUGCCCUACAUUUUAACACGAGUUCACUUGAACGAAGUCGAUUUACACAUAAACGCGAGGCGGCUAUUUGUCAUCAUCGAGAAAUAACUUCUCCAACGAAACAUUAGUGAUUAUUGCUUUGCUGGAAUUUUGAGACAACGAUUUUUCAUGUGAUCCAUUAUCGGCUCUAUUUGUGAAUUAUUAUUACAUGUGAACUAUCCGUGAGUAAUUUCCGUAAGUGAAUCAUCACACGGUAAAUGUCAUACAAAGGAUAACAAGAAAAAACUAAUUCGAAAACACAUCAUCAACUAUGAUCAACGACGUACUGUGAUCGACACGUUGCACAUCUGUAUCUUAAGUUAUAAAUAUAUGUAGUUCAAGUUAGUCGGAAUUAAAAGAGAAAGGAUUGAGAUUGCUCUAUGAAGCAAAUUUAAUUACAUGUCAAUGCGCAUCAAUACUCUCUGAGAGAACUAGCUGACAAGUUUUGUGCUCGACGUUCUUGUGGGACCAGGAAAUUUUCAAGAUUCAGGAAGAAGAACUGAACAACGAAGGAAGGGAAACAAAAGAAGGGACCAAAUAUUAAUAGCAGCAGCAAUAAUUGACGAAGGGACCACGAAGUUUUAUUAGAUAAGACGGUCGACAUGAUGGAUUGGGGAAUACGACGUUCCAUUAUGUUUCACGUGAGACGGAGGCCCGCGGAUUACAUGCCUCGAAAACGCAAAAAGAAACCCGCUGGAAAAUGGAAUGAACUGGAUCACAGGUACGAGGACGAGAGGCUACCGUUCCUGUUGGAGCUUAAUCCUGACGGCAGCGAUAUUCCUAACGGCGCGGGAGUGCGACAUCGAUUACAGCCGAAUGUCACGGAAGUGGGAUCGGAAAGACCGAUAGGACCGCAAGCGGUACAAGCGCAGACACUUACGUUACCGGGACCGACGGUGAUGCCGAGGCAUUGCGUAAUAGCCUUCACCGAGAAUAUCGUUACCCUCACACCGUGUUCUCGAGAUGCGCACACCUACGUCAAUAACCAGAGGAUACACCAGACUACCAUACUUCAGAAUGGGGCUAUUAUCAAAUUCGGCAGGAUGCACACUUUUCGAUUUAUUGACCCCGCACCGGAGGAUCGCAUCAGACAAAGACACGAUUCCGCCAAGCAGAUCGACUAUGCUUACGAUCGACGCUCACCAGACGCUAACAGCCAGGACGUCGGCUCAGAAAAGUUUCUCUCGGGUUCCGGGACUCCGAACGGCGGCAAUCAGACUCCGGGUCAAACCCAAGAACGAACAACCCCGUCGAGUCCCUCAAAAUCCGCCACCGCGGCUCGUAGUCCUCGUAGUCCCACGCACCCGCCAGAGCCCACGCACAAUUACGAGACCACAUUCGACCUGGAUGGCAAUGUAGAGACUGCCAGUUUGAGCAGUAGCAGAGACGGCAACAGGCUUUCACAGUACGAUCGGCAACCGAGAGGCACAGACCCGAUUCUGCCGGCUGUCUUGGAGUUUCUCGAAGAAACGGAGGAGACGUUCCUUCACGCUGUCAUCACUGACGUGGAGCCCUCGGCGCCACAGUUCAAACUUGCACCAACUUACACUCUUUACUUGAGUGCGAGAUAUCGCGCUAGCACUCACUACAGACCGGAAUUACAACCUACGGAGAGAGCACAUCGACUCACAAUCAUGCUGGCGAAUGUCGCCACCAUGAUCCAACGCGUUAUCCAGGAACGUUACAUGGACACUUCCUCGUUAGCCUUUUGGUUAGCGAACGGUUCGGAACUGCUGCACAUGUUGAAGAGUGACAGGCACGUGGGUGCAUUUUCCACACGAGCACAGGACAUUUUGACGGAUGCGGUGCACACGGCCUUCGGCUCACUGGUGCGCUGUGUUACGCUGGAGCUCACGCCUGCAAUGACGCAGUUUAUGGCGGAUGCGGACGAGCCAGCGAAAGAGGCUGGAGUGUUGCAGAUCUUCUCGAACACCAUGGCGCUGCUGCGAAGGUGUCGGGUGAACGCAGCGUUGACCAUACAACUGUUCAGUCAUCUGUUUCACGCGAUUAACGCCACAGCUUUCAAUACGCUCGUUUCCAACGGAAAUCUCUGCGUCAGAUGGUUCGGACGCAGACUAAAAACGAGAUUGAACGCCCUGGAGACGUGGGCCGAACGACAAGGCCUGGAACUAGCCAGUCAAUGUCAUUUGGCCACGAUUAUGCAGGCGACUCAUUUGCUGCAGGCUCCCAAGUAUAAUGCCGAGGAACUGGCCACGCUCAGUUCAACCUGCUUUAAAUUAAAUUCUCUGCAAGUGAGGGCGUUGUUACAAAAAUAUCAACCGGCCGCGGAUGAGCCCAGGCUACCCGCCGAGUUGAUCGAGAACGUUGUGAGAGUGGCGGAAAGUGUCGCGGAUACACUUGCACGCGCAGACGGGCGCGAAAUAAGGCUGGAAGAAGAACCCAUCUUGGGACUAGCGUUGCUACUUCCAGAGGACGGCUACAGUUGUGAGGUAAUUAGAGGCGUUCCACCGGGACUAGCGGAGUUUCUGGCACCUCUGCAGCGAGACGGAUUGUGUCGAAUGGCGGCGCAACCAACCAGCAGUGGUUAUUGGACUAUUUACAUGAUAGAUCAUAAUAACAUGCGUAGUCCCAGCGCGAUGAGCAACAGGUCAGGUGGUUACACUAGCCACGCUAAUCAAAAUCAAGCUCAACCAGAGAUACAUGUCAUCAAAUUGCACAAGAGCACGAAUGGCAUGGGUUUGAGCAUUGUUGCGGCAAAGGGUGCAGGACAAGAUCGAUUAGGUAUCUACAUUAAAAGUGUUGUCGCUGGUGGUGCCGCUGAUGUUGAUGGUAGAUUGACAGCAGGCGAUCAACUGCUCAAGGUGGACGGUCAAAGUCUUGUUGGAAUCACACAAGAGAAGGCUGCUGAGUAUCUCGUGCGUACCGGUCCGAUUGUAACAUUGGAAGUCGCGAAACAAGGUGCUAUAUAUCACGGCCUCGCAACGUUAUUAUCACAACCUUCUCCUGUGAUGACUAGAGCAUAUAAUUCUCGACCGAGGUAUGAUCACUCAGAGCCAACGUUAGGAGCAGCGGAGAUGGUCGGUAAUCAUCGAGCCACGUCCCACUCGCUAGGCGACUUAUUAUCUCUCCCGAAGCAGGCGGCAUAUCAGGAUUUACCUCAGCCAGGUCCUCGUCGCAUGAGUGAGCGGGAUCUACCGUCGCGGCUUGGACAUGACGCCACUCCUCAACAAAUCCACAGCAGCAAAUCUGUACCGGCAUUGCAUAAUAUGGGCACCGAGGCCAAGCAACAGCAUGAAGUGUUCAAUCCUGGAUACAGCAGAGCUUCUUCCAGUAAUAGCGUCACGCCUCCUGUUCAACCACCUCCCAUGGCGACGAUCAACAGUGCAACUUCUUUGCGUUCAAGGUCGAGUCACAACUUACAUGAUCCCAUGAGAGUUGGAACUUUACCACCCACUGGCAUGGUCAGCAGGCAGCAAUCAUCACCUAACUUAAACCCCAAUACAUCGCAUAUGAAUAUACCGUCCAACGUGCAAAAUACGGAAGUAGAGAGGUUUUACCAGAAUUUGAGUAUUUAUCGCAGUCAAGAUUCAACGGGGAAGCAAAUAAGUCCGCAACAAAUGGAUGACAGAAACCCACAGCACGUUCAAAAGAGUUCUCUGAGAGGAUCACAGAACUCGCUGAACCGGCCGUCUGCUCUGGAAGUUAGUCACAUCCGAGACCGUCCGACGUCCGCGUACGUCACUCAAGCUCAGCAACAGAGCUACUCGACGAUCAGCAAUCAGAUGCAGCAACAAGGUGGGCCACCGCCACGUUCUCAAUCUUCGCGCGACAUAAUUCGCCAAGAGGCGAAGAUGCAAGAGAUGCAGGAGGAAGUUCGAAGACGAGAAUUGCGCGGGGGAGCGCCGAUUCAUCAACAUAGACCGCCGAUGGCGUACAAUAUUAAUGCUCGAGGAGAGGCACCUCCUGGUCAACAAAUGGCAAAUGUUCGUCCUCCAAGACCACUCGGUUCCACGUCGAAUUUGGGUACAACCGCCGGUUACGCAACCACCGCGAGACAAACUACAUCUGGCUACAAUUAUCCGGAAGCACAGCACGCAUCGUACAACAACACCCAACACAAUCAGUACGGUCAAUACGGUCAGUAUCCCAAUCGGUACCCGAUGACCGGAAGUCAAUAUGGCCCGAUGAUGACUAAGUCGAAAAGCGAAACUAUCGCUCGCGGUCAUCAGCCGAUGCCAAAUGAAAAUCUACUCGGCAGAGUAGAUACGAACAACCAGGAAGCGAAAUCGUACGGUGACCAGAACCGACACUUUGCCCAAAACAGUCCGCAUUACCCCAACGGUAACUUGGAACAGCAUGUCGAUCAGUACACGAACGACAAUGUUGUCGGUCGUACGCAAAACGAAGAGAAUCAUCCUAUAACGACAUCAGAAUCGCUACCAUCGAGACCGACUCUACCCUCUGAAGACACGUUUAGCGAGAGUCCUCCGCCACCGCCACCAAACACUUCGACACAUCCUCUGUAUAACAAGCAAGCUGACACAAGGUACACCGCAAGCAUGCAAGAUCUACCACGCGGUAGUUAUUACCCUGCGGGAGGAAUCAAUGUCAUGCAACAACCACGUCAGUAUCAGUAUAGCGCGACUAAUCCUUGGCAACGAGAAGAAAGGGAAAAGGAACAAGCUCGUAGAAGAGAAGCCGCUCGACAAUGGCGAGAUCAACAGAUUGCCGAGCUAAGUGCGUUGGCGCAUCGAACGCAGCAACAGGAAGAACAGUUGCGGGCACUUCAAUUGGAAAGAGAUUUUCAAAAGCGAGCUGAAGAAGCUGCCAAUCAAGAUGAUGAUGAGGAGAGCAAUGACUUGGACAAUGAGAGUACGCAGCGUGUUCAGGGAUUACUGAGAAUGGCAGCCAAUCAAGAGAGAGCCGCUCAACAGCAGUUCUCGAUUUUGUCGAGAACAAACGCAGGCAAUCAGUCUCUGAGAAGUAACCUGCAGUCUGUUGGCGGCCAAUCUACGACAACUGGCCACGCUCACAAUCCGCCUAAUCAAGCGGUACCUCAAACCGCAGGGAUGAGCGGACAGGAGAAUAGCGGCUUGCACAUGCAACCAAAUCAACAGCAGCAAUCAGCGAGCCAAAGCGAAGAGCAGAUGCAUGUUUCGUCCAAUUACGGAACGCCUCUCACUCAUUUCGGUUCCGGUCAAAAGUCUUAUUCGGCAGGUAUAUCACACUCCGCAGAGGACAGGGAAUUGCAGCGGAGAAUAGACGAGGUGAAACGAAAACAAGCCGAACUCGAGGAGAGCCAGAAGAAGCAGGAGGAGCAUCAGCUCCACUCGCAGCAGCAAACGUAUCAGCAGAGCCAGCAGUUGCGAACUCAGCAACCACUGCAUCCUGGCAUGCUGCGCUUGGACAAUUUAAUCAUUAAUGGACCUAUGUCUUCGCAAAAUAAUGUGAACGACGCACCUCCACCACCAGAGCGAGGUUCGAGUUAUGCCGUAAUGUCUCAGCAAAGCGCUCUCAGAUCGAACGGCUCCACUGCAUCAAACCUACCUCUUGUGUCUCAGCCAGCAUCAAUGAAAAGAGUUUCUUUUCAUGAUUCGAAUGCAAAUAGCGAGUCUAUGCUGCGCAAUAUACCAACCGGAACAUCAAACUCACUGUCAAUGUCAAUGGACACUAUCAGGGAGGAUCCAAAUAAUUUUAUCACCGACGCGGAGAAUCUGUUAGCGUCUCCCAAGACGCCGGAAGGAUCCAGCACUUCGUUUACUGGCACUACUCCUGGAGUGAUCGGAGCUCAAGAAGUGUACAAGGACCCGAGACAAAAACGGCUGGCGGAGAAGCAGAAACAGCAACAGAACUCGCAGAUUGGCGCGGUGCCAGAAAAACUCAGUUUCAAGGAGAAGAUGAAAAUGUUCGCAAUGGAAACCGGUGAGGACGGCACGCCGAGGGACAAGGUAAAGAUCUCGCGCGCUCAGCGCGAAAUCGACAACAUCGGCAGCCCGCUCAAUUCCAAUAAUAACAAUAACAACAACAACAACAACAACAACAACAACAAUACCACUAGCGGCAAUAACACCAACAACAAUAGGACCUAAAUUCUCGAUAUUUUUUAUUCGGAAACUUCAGCGAAUAGAAGAGAUAUUUGUAUACAAACGUCUUGUUUUUUAAUCGUUCGGAUGAAAAAAUUUCUCCGAAAUAUCUAGGAUGGUUGGGGAAAAGUCACAAUUGUGACUCGCACAAAUCGAAGGAUCGUGAAUAAUAAGUAACAAAGGUGUAACCGGUGAGGUUUUUAAAACUGGCUUUUUAAAAAAAUAUAUAUAUAUAUCUAUAUAUAUAUACACCGAUAUGCCAUCGUAUGCAUAUAUAUAUAUAUAUAUAUGUAUAUAUACAUACAAAGCGCUCUGAACUACACGGUGAACAUCACUAAGGAGCAGUAUUGCGCAUACUAUGCUAUAAAUUUAUAGAAAAUAUAUAGAGAAACGAAUAAAUUCGUCCAUGCGCAGCUAUUUCAUUGAAAGGCUGUUAUUGAUAAGGAGCAAACGCCUCCAUUUACAUGUAUGUGUGAAAAGUACAUUUAUAUCUUUAUCCAAUGAGAGUAUAUAAUAAUAAUAAUAAUGAUACAUUUAAAUUUUUAUCUUAUAUAUAUAUACAUGUAUGCUUUUUUCGAGCAUCCUAGAUACUUUGUCGUAGAUUUUCUGUCUGCAUAUAGUUGUGUAAAACAUCAUCCAUACGCGAUAAAUUAGUUUCAUAAUGAUGUAUUACGUACGUAAAAAAAAAAAAAAAAAAAAAAAAAAAAAAACAAACAACAAAAAAACGGAUUGCUUCGUUCGGAAUGAACUUUUACUUAGUCGCCGAUUCACACAGCGUUAAAGUACAAACGAAAAAUCUUGUAUAGCUCUUUGACCAAAAAAUAACGUGUUCGUUCUGAGAGAAGAAGGACCAUUAAAAAUAAUAACCGUAAUAGUAACGUAUUACAGACGUAUUGUUAUUGUCGAGAAAAAGAAGCGAUUUUUUCGGCUGUUCUCGUGUACAACACGUUCUAUAUUCCUAACUAUUUCCGGACCAAUAUAAUUUUAUUGUAAUAAACGAACUGAUAUAUUUCUCUCUCUGUGGAGAUCUAGUAGACAGAGUAGGGUGAAGCUCGCGAGAGGACUGAGUUAGAGACACGGACAUUGUUUCGCGAGGGAGAAGCGUGUAAAUGUAAAUAAAAAAAUAAAAAAAUAAAAAAAAAAGGAAGAAGAACAGUAGGCCGGGCAGCAUAAUUUAUCCCAUAUACGCAUUAGUUUUAUAUUUAAAUUCUCGGCAGCGAAGGAAGAUUCUGAUAUAUAUUUAAAUUAUACGACCACAUAUACACACUUACGCCAUUAUGCACUUAACAGAAUAAAUAAACAGUAAUGAUCGUAGUUUGUUAAAAAAAAAAAAAGAAGAAAGAACAAAAAAUAAAAAGAAAGAGAAAACACGCGUGUAUGCGUGUGUCUCGUGGUGCGUAUAAAUGAUAGAGAAGCGUGGAUAUCAAAAGAUUUAUAUGUGUAUGCGCGUAUGUACGUGUAUAUGUAUACACACAUACAUACAUAAUGCGUUUCUAGAAAAAAAGUUAUAGGCAGCACUAGUUUAAUUUUUGGACUAGGAAUCUAUUUUGUGUAAAGCUUGAAUGGGAGUUUCUGUCUUUUGUAAAAAAAAAAAAAAAAAAAACUCGCUUUUCAAGCUCUACAUUUUAUUAAAACUCGAAUGAGGACUUUUAGCACUGUUUUUUAGAAAUAAAAUUAUAAAGGUUCUUUUUUAUUUUUUACGAAAUGUAAAAUGAAUGUAGAAUGUAGCGGAACGAUGUGGAGAUAAAUGGAUUCAAUAAUGAUGAAAGAUUCUGAUCACAUUUCCACUUCAAUUGUGUCGAAAAAAUAAAAUUUGUAUAACAAAUUAUUUCAGAGAAACGAUAAAUUUCAACAACACAAAACACUUUCGAGAUCUUAUUCCCAUUUAGAUAAAAGCUGGUUUUUCUUUUGUGUCAGCAGUAUUUAAAGAAAACAUAUUUUCACUCUAGCCUAGUCUCUGUAAGAAAAGUUUUUCCUUAAAUGUACAGGAUGAAUUACUUAAGAUGCUCUUGGAUAUGAUAAUAUGUACAUAAUUCGCACGAAUCGUUUUUUGAACGAGUUAAAUGUGUUUAAAAUUAGGAUUGUUUUAUUAAUAUUAAUUUAAGGUUAAUAUAGCUCAAAUCAUUGAUUAAUGAUUAGCUCGCAAGAUUUAUGUUGCAAUAGUCGACAUAUAUUUGUUACAAAUAUAAGUUUAUCGAUACAACAUAAUUUGUAACAUUUUUCCCAGAGUUCAAUAUUUAUUGUUAAAUUUAUGUUUAUUGAUCUAUUUUUUGUGAUCUACUUUGAUAGCGAAGCGCGACAAAAUAUUUUUAUUUAUCGUAUAUUGCAUAUUAUCACGUAAUUAUCACGUAAUUUGCAGUUAAAUCAUAAGAUUAAAAAAAAAAAAAAAAAAGAAACAAAUUGGUAUUUCCCAGAAAUACUAAGAAAUUUACAAAAUUUGUAUUAUAUAUACGUAGUCUGUCGAGAAAAUUGCAGUCUUAAGUAUUUCAUUACUAUACAAUAUGUUUCGUUGACUUUCUAAGUAAUAAUCAAAUCAUUAUCAUUGAACACGAAAGUUCAAUUUGAAAUAAUUUUAUAUGUGUAAUUUUCAAUUAAGGAUUCGCGUUGCUUUACGUUUAAUCUCUUUUUAGACUUUUUUUUUAUACGUAUCGAAGUAUUUUUGCGGAUAGCGACGCAGUAUUCCAGAGAGAAAGAGAGAGAGAGAGGGAGAGAGAGAGCUUAGCGAUUUAAGAAUCGUAAUGUAAAGAACACAGCGUAGCAAUAUUAGGAUUUAAGAAACAAUCUUACAUGUAGUAAAUGUACAAAUAUUGCGAAGAAUUAUUUGCGUCGGCCUAUCUUGCGUGAAGAAAAUCGUCACGCAAGUCGAGGACGCGUGAAGGAAAGGACGCUGAAAAAUUUAUUUUACGUUCUACUCAAUACUUUUAUGCAUUUGUUGAAGUAUAAUGCGACAUUUAUUACAUUCCUUAUUGUCUAACGUGCAUGUUCUAUGUUAUGAUAAAAUAAAAAGAUCAUUAUUGUUUUUUUUUUUUUUUUUUUUUUAUCUCUUAACAGUAUUCAUGGAAACACUCGUGAUGUAUGCUUUUCGAGUAUUACGAACUUAUCUUCUUGCAGAUAGAGAAAAGAGGAGGAAAGAGAACGAAGAAAAGAGACAGAUGAAUGGGAAAAAAGGGUGCGCAAAAAUGCAACUGAUUUAUUAUUAUACAAUAUCGCUUCCAAGAUAAAUCAUUCGCGUUACAAUUUAUGCAUUGUUCUAUCCAUUAUAAUCACGUCAAUAUUAUGAAACGAUUACUGAUCUCUUUUUCCAGAACAGUGUGGCUUUAGUGCUUACUUUUAUAUUAAAACUUUCGCGUGAACACACACACUCGCACAGUGAGUUAUUCAAAGAUAAAAAUAACUCGGAACUGUUGUGAUUGAUUUCCAGUAACUUUAUCAACAGCUUCUUUUUGCAGCACCCACAAGACUUGAAGUUUUCAAAACUGCAUUCUUAUUUUUUUUAUAUCUUUUAUACUUUUGUUCGUAUCAAGUCCUCCUCGACUUGUUAUUGUUUCAUCAUUCCUGCACUUGGAAACGAUAGUGAUAAUACAAAGCAGCAGCUUGUUACAUGCUAUAUAUUAUAGUAUACGGCGAGAUUUGCUCGUAAUGACAACGAAUUUCCGCUUGUAAGAAACUAAUUGUACCAUUAAAUGCAAGGUUGUAUCAAGA